UGUCCUGCUGCCGGUACUGCAGGCCAAGGCCAAGAGGGGCCCCCCCCGCCAGGCCAAGUACGCCAUCCACUGCAUCCACGCCAUGUUCACCAACAGAGACACGCACUUCGCGCAGAUCUUCGAGCCCCUCCACAAGGGCCUGGACCCGGGCGACCUGGAGCAGCUGACCACUCCCCUCACCACGCUGGGCCACCUGGCCAUGCUGGCCCCAGAGCAGUUUGCCGCGCCCCUAAAGUCCCUGGUCGCCAACCUCAUCGUCAAGGACCUGCUCAUGAACGACAGGAUGCCGGGCAAGAAGACCACCAAGCUGUGGGUUCCUGAUGAUGAGGUGUCCCCGGAGACACUGGCCAAGAUCCAGGGCAUUAAGCUGAUGGUGAGGUGGCUGCUGGGGGUGAAGAACAACCAGAGCAAGUCUGGCAACUCCACCCUGCGCAUGCUGACGGCCAUCCUGCACAGUGACGGGGACCUGACGGAGCAGGGCAAGAUGAGUAAGCCAGACAUGUCUCGCCUGCGCCUGGCGGCGGCAUGCGCCCUGCUGAAGCUGGCCCAGGAGCCCUGCUACCACGAGAUCAUCACUCUGGAGCAGUACCAGCUGUGUGCCCUCGUCAUCAACGAUGAGUGUUACCAGGUGCGCCAGGGCUUCGCCCAGAAGCUCCACAAGGGCCUGUGUCGCCUGCGCCUGCCCCUGGAGUACCUGGCCGUGUUCGCGCUCUGCGCCAAGGACCCGGUGAAGGAGCGCCGGGCGCACGCACGCCAGUGCCUCGUCAAGAACGUCAACAUCCGCAGGGAGUACCUGAAGCAGCACGCAGCCGUCAGCGAGAAGCUGUUCUCCCUGCUCCCUGAGUACGUGGUGCCCUACGCCAUCCACCUGCUGGUGCACGACCCCGACUACGUCAAGGUCCAGGACAUCGAGCAGCUCAAAGACAUCAAAGAGUCUCUCUGGUUUGUGCUGGAGAUCAUCAUGGCUAAGAAUGAGAACAACAGCCACGCCUUCAUCAGGAAGAUGGUGGAGAACAUCAAGCAGACCAAGGACGCGCAGGCGCCCGCCGACGCCAAGAUCAACGAGAAGCUAUACACGGUGUGCGACGUGGCCAUGAACAUCGUCAUCUCCAAGAGCACCACCUACAGUCUGGAGUCGCCCAAGGACCCGGUCCUGCCCACACGCUACUUCACCAAGCCUGACAAGAACUUCAGCAACACCAAGAACUACCUCCCUCCUGAGAUGAAGUCCUUCUUCACGCCCGGGAAGCCCAAGGCAGCUAACGUCCUGGGAGCGGUCAACAAGCCCCUGGCCUCGGCAGGCAAGCAGCUCCAGAGCAAGGCCUCCAGGAUGGAGACGGCCAGCAACGACGACAGCCCCUCCAGCCCCAGCUCCCCCCAGCGCGCCAAGGCCAGACACGACAGCGCGGAGAUGGACCACAGUGAGAACGAGGACAUCAGCCUGGCCAAGAGGGCAGACAACCCAGACAAGGACAGCGAGAAGCCGCGCGGGCGCAAGCGCGCCGCCCCCAGUCACCCGGACGACCAGGACGGCAAGCCUAAGCGCGGGCGCAAGAAGGCGGUGCCGGCGGCGACUGCGGCGGCCAAUGCCGUGGCGGAGCUCGACGACCAAUGGGGCGAGGACUCGCGUCUCGGAGACGGCCUGAUGGAGGACGAGCAGAACAGCCCGCCCAAGAAGGCGCGUCGCGGCCGGCCCCCGAAGGCGGCGGCGGCGGCCAAUCAGGAGUCCCCGGCUAAAGGGAGGCGGGGCCGCAAGAAGGCUGCCCCUCCCCCUGAAGAGGAGGAGGAGGAGGAGGAGGAGGAGGAAGAGGGCGCGGAGGAGGAGGAGGAGGUGGUAGAGGAGGAAGAGGAGGAUAAGAGCAGCGAGGCGGAGGUGAAGACCAAGGGAGGGAGGCCGACGCGGGCGCCACGGCGAUCACAACAAAGCUCUGAGUCGGCAGAGUCCACGCCACAGAAAAGAAGAGGCCGGCCGCCCAAAGCGACCCCGCCCGCCGCCGCCAAGAAACCAACGCGCGCUGGGCGAUCGAAGACGGCAGCAGCAGCAGCAGCCAGAGAGGAGGAAGAGGAGGAGGAGGAGCAGGAGGAGGAGGAGGAGGAGCAGGCCACACCCAAGGGUCGACGAAAGGCACCGGCCAGGAGAAGAUGAGCGGAGGAGAGGAAGGAGAGAGCGGAGGGAUGGAGAGGAAGGAGUGAGGGAGCAGAGAGAUGGAGAGGAAGGAGAGAGGAGAGGAAGGAGAGAGCGGAGGGAUGGAGAGGAAGGAGUGAGCGGACGAGAGGAGAGGGAGAUCAUCUUCAGGAGGGCGGCGGAGGAGGAGGAGAGGGAGGGAGACACAGAAUGAUGAACUGUGGACUUUUAUGAACUUUUCAUAUGACGAAGCUCCUACCAUUACAGUACACACACACACUCACACACACACACACACACACAUCAAAUCAGUAUCAUUAACUGUGGGUUGUUGCAUUGUGUUGCAUUGUGAUGUUGUUUACCACAUGUAGAAAUCUGAUCUGAUACACAGGAAAAGGAAGAAAAGAAAAAAAAUCUGCAUUGUAAAUAGUCUCUUUUAUGUCCUGUUCGGUUGUGUUCUGUUCAUCCUGACUGGGGGAAGGGGGUGUUGUAUAGCAUUUAACCCCACCCCCGUUAUAAUAGGCUCCUCCCGUUUCUCGUUAGCAGCGCUGCUUAGGCUCCACCCCUCUGGGCGUCUCCAUGAACUGAAAGAGAUUAACAGUUACCAAUUUGAACUUCUUCGAACUUCUUUUAUUUUUUUGGGGUGUGACGUCUAUCGAGUUUUUUAUUCCAAAACGACAUGUCCGUUUUGUUUACAGCGGUGUAUAUCGACGCCAUUUCUUUCUCUUUUUUUUUUUACCAUUUUAUAAAAGACGAGAAAACAAAUUCAACCACCCCCCCCCCCCCCCCCCCCCCCCCCAAAAAAAGUGUAGACUUAACCUUGUUGAGUUUUAGCUGGUUCUGCCUCACCCAGGCCUGUGUUCCCUGGUAGACAAGAUCUCCCUUAACCCCCAGACCUGUGUUUUUAAGUGUCCAUCACUGCUGAUUGACAUGACCUCCCAUCCACCCAGUCAGAACCUUUGUCUGUUGUAUUAAUAAAAUUCUCUAUAGAA